AUGAUCUAUGGACGCAGUGUGUUUCACAUUGUAGCAAGUUUAAUCAUCCUCCAUUUGUCUGGGGCAACCAAGAAGGGAACAGAAAAGCAAACCACCUCAGAAACACAGAAGUCGGCGCAGUGUGGAACUUGGACAAAACAUGCAGAGGGAGGUGUCUUCACUUCUCCCAACUACCCCAGCAAGUACCCCCCUGACCGAGAGUGCAUCUACAUCAUCGAAGCGGCCCCGAGACAGUGCAUUGAACUUCACUUUGAUGAAAAGUAUUCUAUUGAACCGUCUUGGGAGUGUAAAUUUGAUCAUAUUGAAGUUCGAGAUGGACCUUUUGGGUUUUCUCCAAUAAUUGGACGUUUUUGUGGACAACAGAAUCCACCUACAAUAAAAUCCAGUGGAAGAUUUCUAUGGAUUAAAUUUUUUGCCGACGGAGAGCUGGAAUCUAUGGGAUUUUCAGCUCGAUACAAUUUCACACCUGAUCCUGACUUUAAGGACCUUGGCGUUUUGAAGCCAUUACCAGUGUGUGAGUUUGAGAUGGGCGGCCCUGAAGGAAUUGUGGAAUCCACACAGAUCGUGAAGGAAGGCAAAGCUGCUGCUAGCGAGGCCGUUGAUUGCAAGUGGUACAUCCGGGCACCUCCACGAUCCAAGAUCUACUUGCGGUUCUUGGACUACGAGAUGCAGAACUCCAACGAAUGCAAGCGCAACUUCGUGGCCGUGUACGACGGCAGCAGCGCCGUGCAGGACCUGAAGGCCAAGUUCUGCAGCACGGUGGCCAACGACGUCAUGCUCCGCACGGGCCUGGGCGUCAUCCGCCUGUGGGCCGAUGAGGGCAGCCGCAACAGCCGCUUCCAGAUGCUCUUCACGUCCUUCCAAGAACCUCCCUGUGAAGGCAACACGUUCUUCUGCCACAGCAACAUGUGCAUCAACAGCACCCUGGUGUGCAAUGGCCUCCAGAACUGUGUGUAUCCGUGGGACGAAAACCACUGUAAAGAAAAGACGAAAGCCAGCCUGCUGGACCAGCUGACCAACACCAGUGGGACUGUCAUUGGCGUGACUUCCUGCAUUGUCAUCAUCCUCAUUAUCAUUUCUGUCAUUGUGCAGAUCAAACAGCCUCGUAAAAAAUAUGUGCACAGGAAAGCAGACUUUGACCAGACAGUUUUCCAGGAGGUGUUUGAGUCCCCUCAUUACGAGCUGUGCUCUCUCAGAGGGGCGGGGGCCACGGCAGACUUUGCCGACGUGGCCGACGACUUCGACAACUACCAUAAACUGCGGAGGUCUUCUUCCAAGUGCGUCCACGACCACCACUGUGGGUCCCAGCUGUCCAGCGCGAAAGGCAGCCGCAGCAACCUCAGCACAAGGGACGCGUCUGUCCUGACCGAGCUGCCCGCCCCGCCCGCCAAGCCCCUGGUCCCGCCCGCCGGCCGGAGAAAUAUCCUUGUCAUGAAACACAACUACUCCCAGGACGCUGCCGACGCCUGUGACAUCGACGAGAUCGAGGAGGUGCCCACCACGAGUCACAGGCUGGCCCGCCAUGAGAACGCCGUCCAGCGGUUCUGCCUCAUUGGGUCUCUAAGCAAACAUGAAUCUGAAUACAACACCACUAGGGUCUAAAAAGGAAACGCAAGAGAAGAACUAUUUAUACACACAUGGGGACUGUGAAAAGAAAAUUCUAUAGUGAAUUGUGAAAAGUGGACAUAUUUCUAAAUCCAUUCCACUGCCUUUAUCCAAACUUAAGAAUUACAGACA